AUGGGCAACACGCUGGCAGUGUGUGGUCAUCUCCUGAAUGAUCUGUACCCGCACAUAUUCUCGUACCUGUCGCCUCGGGACCUGGUGUCCGUGACCCUGACCUCCAAGCGAUUCCAGCACCAAGUCAGCGAUGAGGUGUGGAAGGAGCUUUGUCGCCGAGACUUUGGUACCCUGCUGGAGGCACACCGGCAGGCGCUACGCAGCAGCGCGGCCACCUCGUCCAGCGGAGCUGAGCCGAUGGAUGAAGAAGACGGUGGCAAGAAAGAGCAGAAGGAGAAGGACCAGAAUAAAGGAGCAGCACUGGAAGAUGAAGAGGACGUGGAAGCGGGGUCUUCGUCCCUCUUCCGUAAGGUGCUGGUCACGGGCCUGGCCCUCAGGCUCGGUCGCGGCCUCGCGCAGAGAGGGAAAAAGGACCAGGCAGACGACGACGACCAGCAGCAACCUCAUCAUCAUCAUCUUCAUGUAGACGAGGAGAAGUCCUACAAGGAGCUCUACCGCACGUGGGCGUCCAGGGUGCUGAUCGUCUACCACGUCUACUCCAACGAUCAAGCCGAGCAGGACGUGGAGCGCGUUCUUCGACUCGAAGGCAUCGAAGGCAAGUACCACUCGCCGACGUCACUGGUGCGUACCAACGGCGGCGUGGUCGACAAGGCGGCAGAGAGCGCGAGGCUCAAGGAGCAGCUCGCCAGUGCGCUCCCGCACCACAGCACCGUGCUGUACAUUUCCAACGGCGGCGUGAGCAGCCAAUUCCAGGCCACCAUCGGCGACGCGUUGGCGGACUUUGUCGAACGGGGCGGCGCAGUGCUCAUCUUCCCCUUCGCCACGGCCACGGAGCGGCUGCUGGGCCGAUGGGACGAACUGGGCUGCAACCCCAUGCUCUCCGAAGCGCAGACGUCGAUGCCCAGCUCGCUUCGUCGGCCGCCGCUCUGCCCAGACCAUCCGCUGUUCAAGAAUGUGGGCAACGUCACCGCCAGCUACCGCGGCACGGGACUCCCGGCCCCCUCGGCGAAGGCGCUCGCCUACUACGAGGACGGCAACCUGUUCGCGGCCGAGUUGAAUGUUGGUGCGGGUCUGGUGCUGGCGGUCAAUUUGUUCCCUCCGUCGUGCCCGGAGGGGACCCAAGGUGGCAGGGACGGUGGAUGGAGAGCGGAAGAGGGCAACGACGUGCCUCGGGUACUUCGCAAUGCGGUCCGCUACGCCAUGGCCACUCGGAAGAGAGGCGUGUGA